UGAAUAAUAACAUUUUAGCUGAGCGUGGGCGUUGUUUAGUGUUGCCUAGGUGCCAACUAGUGUUACAGAAGCCAAACAACAAAAGAACUUCGUGAUGUAAAGUCCACGGCAUUACUAAACCCGCACUAAAAACACGGGGUACUGCGUAUGUAUUGAACAACAUUACUCGAUAGAAUUUAUUAAAAAAAACAGACGAAAGUUUCCUGUAAUGCGCAACAGUAUUUACUACAGACCCUUUGGUACUAUUAGAAACUAUGGUAUAUUUUGAACGGUACGUUUUGUUUUCUUUUAUGGGAGAGCUGCACUGUAAGUAGUGGAAGCGCGUUGUAAUAACUCUGAAACACAAGACAAUGUAAUAGUGGUUUACCCGCUCAUCUUCUUUGACAACUUGCAGCAGCAGCACCAACAGCUCAACUAAGUGAAUGGAAACAACGUCGGAGCUGCUGUUUAGCAGGCGGUGCUCCAGGGUUCAGAAUCCGGCUGUAGUCAUUGGAUAAGGAGGGGCUGUGAUUGGGAAGGCGUGCGCUCCCGAAGCUCAUCUCCGAAGCUGUCAGCCCGCUUACUCCUGCCUCUACAGUACCCUGACUUUAAACACACGCACAGACCCUUACCCAGUGCACACAGAAUCUGUGCGCUGUGCGCUCUGAGCAGUAACCGAGCACCUCUCCAACUGCAUGUGGGCACUCCUGGGAAAGUGCUCCUUUCCUACCCUCUGGUGUAUCUAAUCAAGGACAAUGGGUUACUUUGUAAGUUUCCUGAGGGAUCCUUGAUCGGAAGUCACUUUUCUUUCAUUUCUUUUUCUUUUUUUUCUCAUUUUUUUUAAGAAAAAAAAAGAUGUGAUUUUUUUGUAAGGACUUGAGGACAAUAACAUGGUAUUGGAAUCUGGGGUCUUCACAUUGCGAUGGGUAUCUGUGUGUCUGUGGGUACCUGAUUCUGAGAUCCCAGGGCCGAUUGCCUGUGAUGGACGAAGCUGAUAUCAAUGAGAGCAGUACGGAGGCUGAGCUCCGCGCGGUCCCCAGCUACGGAGUGGUGGAAAGGAUUGCCCUCAUCUCCUUCUUCUCCCUAGUGAUGCUCAUGACUGUUCUGGGGAACCUGCUUGUCAUGGUAGCUGUUUGCAGGGACCGGAAGCUCAGGAAGAUCAAGACGAACUACUUCAUUGUGUCACUGGCGUUCGCAGACCUGCUGGUGUCAGUGAUGGUGAUGCCGUUCGGCGCCAUCGAGCUAGUCCACCAGAACUGGAUCUACGGAGAGACCUUCUGCCUGGUCAGGACAUCGCUGGACGUGCUGCUGACCACCGCCUCCAUCCUGCAUCUCUGCUGCAUCUCCCUGGACAGGUACUACGCCAUUUGUUGUCAGCCGCUGGUCUACAGCAACAGAAUGACGCCCCUAAGGGUGUCUCUAAUGUUGGGGGGUUGCUGGGUAAUCCCAUCCGUCAUUUCCUUCCUACCCAUAAUGCAAGGCUGGAACAGCAUUGGGAUAGAUCAUUUGAUAGAAGAAAGGAAGUUCAGCGGGGACUCGAACUCCACCAUGUGUGUUUUCAUGGUGAACAAACCCUACGCGCUCACCUGCUCUGUGGUGGCGUUCUACAUCCCUCUGGGGCUGAUGGUCCUGGCCUACCAGCGCAUCUACGUGACUGCGCGGGAGCACGCUCGGCAGAUCAACAUGCUGCAGCGCGCGGGGGGCGCCAGCGUCUCCUCAGACAGCGCCACCCACCAGCGCAACCAUCGCAUGCGCACAGAGACCAAGGCAGCCAAGACUCUGGGUAUCAUCAUGGGCUGUUUCUGCCUCUGCUGGGCACCCUUCUUCAUCACCAAUGUGGUCGACCCUUUCAUCGACUACGCGGUGCCCGAGAAACUGUGGGUCACUUGCCUGUGGCUGGGCUACAUCAACUCCAUGCUUAACCCCUUCCUGUAUGCCUUUCUGAACAAGUCCUUCCGCCAUGCCUUCCUCAUCAUCCUGUGCUGUGGGAACCAGCGCUCUCGCAGGCAGUCCCUCCUUGUUCCCAGCGUGCCCUGCCCUGCCACUACAAUCAAUGGAUCUACACACGUGCUAAGGUAUAUGGUGCUGCACAAUGGGAAUCACCCCAAACAGGAGAAUCUAUCCUUUCAGACUUCAGAGUCCCGGGAAUCUUGUUUCUGAUCCGAAGAGAGAGAGAGGCAUAUGGAAUCUGGGAACAGAGAUGCACACAGAGGAUGUGGCAGGGCUUGGUACCACCGGAUUGGAAUCGCUUGUCCACAACACCAACUUAAUUACCAUAGCAAUGACUUCAUUUGGGCAAGUUUGGACAGUCCUGUUUGGGAUUCAGUGGCUGUUUGACUCGUAACAAAAAAGAAAAUCUGUUCUAAGUUCUUUCUUGCUCUCUCUUUGUAUCAUUAUCAGCCUCAAAGGCGCACUGGGCAUUAACCAAACAUUGCAAAAACUGUUAAUUAUAUAAUGUUAGGUUUGCAGACUAUUGGAACCACAGUUUGCCAAAAUCCUAAGAGUUUAGGUUUCUCUCUGGAAGAAAUUUGAAAGAUAAACACAGAAAAAAAGCUGACAAUAGUAAUGACACUAAUUACAACGUCAUGAUUAAGAAGCAAUGUAUGAUGAGUGUUACCAAAGGUAUUGCAUUUAAGUUUAAGCUUAAUAUAAUAUUAUUAAGGAUUUAUUGCAGGUGUAGUUAGGUUUACAAAUAUAUUUUUAUGAGUUAAAUGCAGUGUCUCAGAUUUGUAAGAGCCAAAAAGUCGGAAGCUAAAUUUGGCUGUGCAAAAAUACACAAAAAAGAAUAGUAUUAUACAUAAGAAAAGGCAUUUCAUUCAUCAUGAUUCUUCUGUCGCUCUCUCUAUCACACAUACACACACACACACACACACACACACACAUCACAAAGAAAUGGGUGGAGUCCAAAAAUGGGCACACGAUUGAAUCACGUGCUUUGGAAACAGGAGCCUUGGAUCAAAGUUAAUUUCUCUUUACCAUGCAGCUCCCCUUGAAAGCCCAUUCAAAUAUGCAAAACUCUAUCAUGCUUGGUUUGAGCUCAUAAAGAACUGAAGCUCAGUGAAUGGGUUCAGCGUUUUCUCAGUCGCUGCUGGCGUGACACACACAUGAACACAGCAUUACACCUGGACAGGAGGUGAAAGAGCCUGAAUUCCUGGGACCUGCCCAGGAUUAUUCCUCUAUAAAAAUGAUCUUCACCACUGUGCUGAAAAACCAACAACGGGAAACUGAUGUUGAAUGAAUCGUGAAAUUGAACUUUGCUGUUUGUUUAAUUUGUUUGUUUCAGGUGGUUGUUUUGCUCGCUUAUGUUUUGGUGGUUGCUGGUUCAACAUGUCAGUGAUUUGUUUCUAUUUGUCUGUUUGUUUGUUUGAAGCUCCUCCUCAGUCAGUGAUCUUUUAACACCGACUCAAAGACUAUCCAGCUAGUUUCAGAUGGUAAUGUUGCUGAUCAGCUAACCAGAGAGGCACAGGAGUCAGUUUCGAAUGGGCACAAAUUAGUUGGUUUGUAAUGCUCUCCAUUGGACAGCACAGGUUUCCUCUCAGAAGGUGCUGCUAGCAGUAUACAUCAGUAAGAAUUCAGCACACAGCACUGAGUGCCUUACCACUGCUCAGUGCAGAGACAGAGAGAUUGUACACCAAACACUAUGGGAUAUUUACAUGAAGAAUUGGUGGUUGCAAUCAUUCUUAACAGUUCUAGGUUCUGAUGCUUAAAUAUUAUUUGAAUAUGCUGUUCCACUUUCUGACAGAAGCAUUGUAUUUUGUAAUUGGUAACCGAUGAUCAUGUGUCACCUCCUGACUUUUAUCCUCCACUGCUGGUGAAAUGUACAGUUAAAUACGCAAACACGCACACACGCACACACGCACACACAUUGCUCAAAGCUGUGCCUGCUGCUGCAAGAAGGCAGAAUCAUUGGAUGGGAUAUCCUAUUUUGGAUAUGGCUAAACCUAUUUAUAAUAGUAAGGAUAAAUAAUAAUACCAGGGCUUUCCUCACUUGUUAAAUAAUUGGAUGUAUUAUGAAUAUGUGUGAUGAUGGAUACAAUAUACAGGAUGCACUUUAAAGCAGAACAGCCAUUAGUGAGACAACACAAGUAACCAGCCCUGUCAUUUGUGUCCUGUUUACUAAACCCCAUAGCAAUCUCUUCAGAGACUGCAGCAAGCACUACAAAUGGGUUAUACGCUGCACUCCAGUUAUCUCAGAGCACACAAUGAGUAAGCAGAUAGUUUUGAUCUUCUCACGCGAUUUCAUAACCAUACACUACUUGUCAAUGCACUUUAAACAUGUGGGGCUGCCUGCGCUAGUUUAUAGCUACACUACAAGACUGACUUCCAGCACUGCUCCAUCUCAACUGAUGAUGAUAUCCCAUUUCAAACCUCCAGUGUUCACAGUUAUUUAUUUUCGAGAUGGUGACUGGAAUAUUCAACACACUGGAAUUCAGAAUCCCAAAUUAUUGUAUUGUGUGAGUGCAAACUCUGAACCGAAUAUAAACCAGACAAACCAAAAAAUUAUAUAUAUAUGUAUAGAGGGCGACCCCUCUAUACAGCUUUCCUCUUGUAUCAUUCUAGACCAGUGGUCCUCAAAGUGGUGCCUGCAGGCAAAUUCAUGCCCGUGAAGCCAGAUCAUCGUGCCCACGGCAGCUGUUCUUAAAUUAUGGGUCAUGAACACAUUUCAAAGCUUUAAACAUGUUUUCCA